AUGGGCCAGGCCCGGAGGCACCUUCUUGCGGAGCUGGCUGCUAGCAACCCCUCGUCGGGGGUUUCACCCCUUUCCCAAACGAAUACUGUCACCCUGGGGGACCCGGGGCUCCCCCCGGAGGAAGGACUGGCCAGCCCCGAGCUCCUGAGCCUGGAGGAGAUCUCCGAGAACUAUGAGUCCAGCCACCUGGCAUCCGCCACCUCCGUCCCGGAGCGGGACUCGCCUGGGCACUGGAGGCAGCUGGAGCAGUGGGUGGCCGACCUGCAGGCGGAGGUGGCGUCCCUGCGGGGACACAAGGACCGCUGCGAGCGAGCCAUGCUGAGCCUGCUCCGGGAGAUGCUCCAGCUGCGGGCCUGCGGGCAGCUGCAGGACGCAGAGCUCAAGAGGCUGCAGCAGGACGUGCAGCAGGCGGCCCAGGCGCCCGACAAGGAGGCCCUGGAGUGCCCUGGUGCCCAGAACCAGAACCAGAACCACAUGCAGACCCUGGACAAGAGGCUGGUGGAGGUCCGGGAGGCGCUGACUCAGAUCAGGAGGAAGCAGGUGCUCCAGGACUCUGAGCGGAAGGACGCGGAGCAGGAGGCCAGCCUCAGGUGGGCCGAGCUGGCUGGGAAGCUGGAGCAAGAGGAGCAGUUGCGGGAAGCGGCCUGCAGCGCCCUGCAGAAGAGCCAGGACGAGGCCAGCAAGAGGGUGGACCAUGAGGUGGCCAGGAUGCAGGCCCAGGUGACCAAGCUCGGUGAGGAGAUGAGCCUCCGUUUCCUGAAAAGGGAGUCCAAGCUGUGCGGCUUCCUGCAGAAGAGCUUCCUGGCCCUGGAGAAGAGAAUGAAGGCCUCAGAGAGCACCCGGCUGAAGGCGGAGAGCAGCCUGCGGGGGGAGCUGGACAGCAGGUGGCAGAGGCUGCAGGACCUGGCGGAGGAGCGUGCACAGGCCCUGCAGGGGCAGCAGGAGCAGGAAGAGUGCCGCCUGCUGGAACAGUGCCGGGACCUGGACCAGGCCGUGACCCAGCUGACCAAGUUUGUGCACCAGAACCAGGUGUCACUGAACCGCAUCCUCCUGGCCGAGCAGGAGGCCUGGGACAGCAAGGGGCAGGCGGAGGAGAGCCGGGCCGGGGAGCUGGCUGCCUACGUGCAGGAGAGCCUGGCGGCCGUGCAGCUGGCUGGCGAGCUGGCCCAGCAGGAGGCACACGGCGCGCUGCAGCUGCUCCGAGAAAAGAGCCGGGCCCUGGAGGAGUCCCUGGCCGAGCUGGGGAAGCAGGUGAAGGACCUGAGUGACCACUUCGUGGCCUUGAGCUGGAGGCUGGACCUGCAGGAACAGAUGUUUAGGCUGCGGCUGAGCGAGGCCAAGAGGGAGUGGGAAGGCUUGGAGCAGAAAUCCCUGGAAGGCCUGGUCCAGUGUCGGAAGGAGGCCGAGGCGCGUCUGAGGGAGGUGUGGGAGCGAGUGGACAGCCUGCCCCGGCAGAUAGAGGCUGUCUCCGACAAGUGUGUCCUGCGCAAGAGUGACUCAGACCUCAGGAUCUCGGCUGAGGGCAAAGCCAGAGAGUUCGAGGUCGAGGCCGUGCGGCAGGAGCUGGCUGCGGUGCUCUCAUCUGUGCAGCUGCUCAAGGAGGGAAACCCCGGGCGGAAGAUCGCCGAGAUCCAGGGCCAGCUGGCCACGUUUCAGAACCAAAUAAUGAAACUGGAGACCAGCAUCCAGGACAACAGAACCAUCCAGAACCUCAAGUUUAAUACAGAAACCAGACUGCGCAUGGAGGAGAUGGCCAGUCUGCGGGAGAGCGUCCUGCGCCUGCAGAGUGACGAGGGUCCGUGGGCCCUGACGCUGGGCAGCAGGAGGGUCCUUGUGUCCCUGGGGAGGCAGCAGUUCUUCAUCAAGGACUCGGCCCUGGGAGAGGCGGUCUCCAUGAACCGCUGGGGCGUGUAUCAGACCGUGAGGUGGCUUCAGUGGAAGGCGGUCCUCAUGAGCCUGGUGGCCCCGCGGAGGCCGAGCACGUUCCCACAGAAGCCCCUCGGCUGGGGGCCUGCCCGCUGGCUCACAGCCUUGCCCCUUUCUCAGAAAUAAAUGUGCCAGCUCUUGUACCUGUCAGAGUGCCGAGCUCGCACCCAGGGCUUAGGGACACACGCCC